UUAAUAGUCUGCUAAAAUUUCCUCUUUAACCAAAGCCUUUAUAUCCAGCUAGUCAUAUUCCACUAUACGGCUUAGAAUUAACGUUUCGGAAGCGUAAAUUUGUAAUUGUUUUCGCCUCAUAACUUUACUAGAAAUAAAAAUAUGAUAUAUAAUUUAACCGAGCCCCUCUGGAAGCGCUGCACGCUUACAAUUUAGAUUUAUUGGCUGUCUUUAAAACGUCCCCGUAUCAAAAUGCCGCCGUCCGCUCUCAUAUGGGAGAAAGUGUCUAAAAUUGAUCCGCAGACUCUUGACCAGUGUGAAAAAGACGAACUGGAUGAAGUCUUCCGCGUUUUUGUUGCGACAAAGGAAUGGGAGGUGAAGGAUAAAGCUACAGAGAACAUUACUCGAGUCCUCCGGCUGGGCCAGGCCUUGUUAAAGAUUAAAGAACGGGAAGUUAAAAUUCACGAAAGCUUUAUCGAUGAAAUUUGUUUACAACACGUCAAAACUGAGAAUGAUCUUCGAGCAAAGGUGUCCAAGCUUGAACAAGAGAGCAAGGCUCAGCAGCUCGGCACCGGGCCAGACAGCCGCUUUCUCAGGGAUGAGAUUCGGCAGCUCGAGGCUCAGCUGGAGCAACGGGAGAAGGAAUUGACCCAUUUAAAGAAAGACAUGGGCAAGGAAAAGAAAACAAAUGAAGAGUUGAUUGCACGGAUGGAGGAGGCUGAGGGCGAGGUGAAAAAGUUGAAAAGAGAGUUGAAAAAAUCUAAGAGGAAGAAUGAGCAGCUCCAGCAGGAUGUGGAGUUCUACCGGGGAGAGCUGGAACAGAAGGAGCCGCUCCCAUCCAGAGACGAGAGUGCAGAGACUCAGAAGAAGCUGAGCUUGGCCAACCGCCAGCUUUACCAGUGUUUUGAAGACCUUCAGAGAGCGGAGGAUGAAAACGCACACCUGAAGACACAGAACGAGCAGCUGCAGAAAAGCCUGGAGGAGUCUGUAAAGGAGAUGGAGAAGAUGACAGAUGAGUACAACAAGAUGAAGAUCGUUGUGCAGCAGACUGACUCAAUUAUGGACCAACUCAGGAAAGAAAGAGAUCACACAAAGCUUCAAGUUAGAGAGCUGACAGACAAGAUUCAAGGCAUGACUGAAGAGAACGAGCCAAUUAUGGCAGCUGUCAACGCCAAAGUGGAGGAGUGGAAGAGGGUGCUCUCUAGGAAGGAUGAUGAAAUGGCGGUGUACCAACAGAUGAUCCGUGAGCUGAGGGAAAAGCUGCGCUCAGCACAGCUGGACUUGGACAAAAGCAACAUAAUUGCUCUGCAGCAGGUCAUUUAUGAGCUCUGUGGCGCUGUCCAAGAACGGGAUAAUCAGAUCAAGAUGCUGAGCAAGCAGGUGGAGCAGUACACAGGAGAGAUGGAGAAACACGCCCAGCUCAUUGAAGAGCUAAAGAUGUCCACAGAAAAAGACAAAGGUGUAUCUUCAACAUCACAUCAGAGAAGGAUAGAGGAGCUAAAGUCAAAACUGAAAGCUGCAGAGACCAGAGCAAUGGAAGCAGAGAAAGCUCUCAGACAAGCUGAAACACACGCUGAGGAAAAAGACAGAGCAUUCAUUGAAGCUUCCAAUCGCCUGAGCCAGUAUGAGUCCGGAACUUAUGGCCUGGAAGCAGCCAUUGCCGAGAUCAAAGAGUGUAACAAUCAAAUUAGAGUGAGAGAUCGUGAGGCAGAGGCCAUGACCAAAGAGAUCAACCAGCUCGAGCUGAGAAUCAAUGACCUCAUGGACGAAAACGAGGAUUUCCGGGAAAAACUGGGUCUGGGGCCGAAGCAGGAAGUGGAUCUGACGGCGUUUAGGCGUGCCAGGGAUCUCAGGCAACGGCAGUACAAAGCUGAAAACCAAGUUCUUACCAAGGAGAUUGAACGACUGGAAGAAGAGCGACUGGAGCUGAAGAAACAGAUCAGGCGCAUGGUGAAAGAAAGAGGACUUCCACAGUCAAGUGUGCAGCUUGAGGAAGAUGUCUUCUCUGGAAGAGAAGAGCAGGCGCUUCAUAAACCACGAAGCAUCAUUACCGAUGACAAGAUUAGGCAAAAGAAUGAAUACCUAGAAAAAGAACUGAGCAGCAAGAAGAGAGAGCUGGAGCUUCACAAGACCGAGUUUCAAGCUCAAUUGGAAGACCUUUCAAAAGCAAAGAGGGAUUUAGAGGUCAUGCUCAAAGAUGUUCUUCAAGCUAUGAGGGUUAAUCAAGAGGCUGGAGCAAAUGCUGUCGCUAUCAGCAGUCUGAAGAACCUGCCUAGUGGUUUAGAUGUGGGCAGCCUUGGUGGGCUGCCUGAUGCUGACCUCAAGUCCCAGAUCCAUCAACUGGUGGGGCGGAACGAAGAGCUGAGGCAGGAGCUAAAAUCCUCUCGCGAAGAAGCGAGCAGCAGCUUCACUCAGCUUGUUAGAGCAAAGGAAAAGAUAAGUCAGCUCCAAAAUGAGCUGGAGCUGCUCAGGACGUCAGACGGUGGUGGAGUCCUCCCUCGACCUCUGACCCUCCCUGAGGGCCUGGGGCCCAGCAGCGCAGAGGUCAUUAGCUCCUUGAAUGAGUAUGCUAUUCGACUGCUUCAGGAGCUGAAAAACAGGGAGGAAAAAAGCAAGAAACUUGCAGAAACUCUGAAAGAAUACAAAGAGAAGUUUGCCGUCAUAAGCCAUCAACAGGGACUCCUCUAUAAGGAAUAUAUAAGUGAGAAGGCAGAGUGGCAGAAAGAGAAACAGACAUUCACAGACAUGAAGAAUAAGCUGGAGGAGCAAAAGCAAGUGGAUGAUGUGAAAAUUCAACAGUUUAACGAUCUGUUAGAAACACUUCACAAAGAUCCAGAAGAAAUCAAGAGACAGCUGAGCGAGGCGUCCCGUAAGCUGACUGUCCUGAAAGUUAAUGAGAAGAAACUGACCCGGCGAUACUCUACUCUGUUGGAGCAGGAACAGCUGCUUUGCAAGGAGAACAGCAAGAUGAGGGAUGAGAGUGGCCAGAUGCAGGCCGCUGUCAUCCAAAGGAUGGGUUAUCUGCAGAGAUACAAGGAAAUGGCGGCCUAUAAGAUAGGUGCCCUCCAAAAGGCCUUGGAUGACAGCGUGCCAGCAUCAGAACUGGAGAGGGCCAAUAAGCAAUACACAGAGCUGACAGUCAAAUACAGAGACGUGCUCCAGAAGGACAGCCUCCUGAUACAGAGAGCCACCAACAUGGAGCAUUUAGAGAGCGAAAAUGAGUCUCUUCGAGAGCAAAUCUCUGCCAUUAACAAAGAACUGGAGAUCACAAAGGAAAAACUCAAUACCAUGGAACAAGCAUGGGAUAACGUAGGUUCAGUCGGCACUGAAACUGGCAUGGCCAAGGCAGACAAGGCAUCAAUCAACAAUGAGGUGAUAUCGUCUGCAAGACGAAUCACGGCUUUGGAGAUGAAGGAGCUGAACGAGAGGCAGAGGGCCGAGCAUGCACACAAAAUGUAUGAACACAUGAGGAACUCCCUCAGACAAGUGGAGGAGCGUAACUCAGAGCUGGAGUCCAAGUUUGCUGAGUUGACCAAGAUGAAUGCGGAGGCCCAGCGGAUUGAGCGGGAGCUAAGAGACGAGCUGGCGGGAAGCACCAGCAGAGCCAUUAGUGAUGCUGACAGAGCCAGGAUUGCAGAGCUGGAGAAGGCAGAGGCCGAGCUUUGCAUGGAGGUCUCCAAGCUACAGGAGGUCUCUGAUGUGGCCUUGUCUCAGGUGUCUAGUCUCCAGACCAAACAGAGAUCCAAAGAUAAAGAAGUGGAAGCUUUAAGGAGACAAAUAAUGGACUACCAGUCACAGUCAGAUGAGAAAGCGCUGAUAGCGAAGCUUCACCAGCACAUCGUGGCCCUGCAGCUCAGUGAGGCUGCUGCUCUUGGAAAACUGGAGGCCGCCACCUCUCGCAUUCAGCAGCUAGAGGCCUACAAGCUCCGCGCUGAGCAGCGGUUGGAUGCCAGCGAGCGAGCGCUGUUCCUCGCCCGCCAGGAGGGCCGUAAUCGGGCCACACACCUUCGCCGCACCAUCCAGUCCCUACGCAGGCAGUUUGCCGGGGCGCUGCCCCUCCAGCAGCAGGAGAAGUUCUCUUUGACGAUGCUGAAACUCCAGGAGGACAGAGCUGAAGCGCAGAAGGCGAGAAGAGGAGCAGAGGAGGAGAGGCGGAGAGCUGAAGGAAGAGCUCAGGAGCUGGAAGUGAGGCUGCGAUGUCUGGAGGAGCUUAUCUCAACCCUGAAGGAUGUGAAGGGUGCCCAGAAGGUAACUGAGUGGCAUAAGAAGAUGGAGGAGGCCCGUCUCCAGGAGCUGAGGAAGAGUAGGGAGCUGGUGGUCCAGAAGGAGGAAAUCGCCUUCCUCAAGAAACUCGUGGAGGAGCAGGACCGUGCUAUUUGCUCGCUGGAGGAGGACAUUGUUCAGCUGAACUCGCUUCAAGAAGAACGCCAACUCGCAUGGGACCAGCGGGAGGUGGAGCUGGAGCGCCAGCUGGACCACUAUGAGAAGCAGCAGAAAGAGAUUCUCAACAGCGCUGAAAAGUUCAAUGAAGGUGCAGAAUCGCUCCCAGACCCAACGCUGCCUCUUGCUCAUCAGUUGGAGAUCGCCCUGGGUAAAAACAGAGAGCAUGUACGCACGAUAUUGGACCUUCAGGGAACAUGCAAAAGUUUCGAAAAGAAGCUAAAAGAGAAUGAGGGAUCUUUAUUAAAAGCUGAGCAGAACAUCAUGUCAAGAGACAGAGUGAUCAAUGAGCUGCGUCUUCGGCUUCCAGCGGCCGCCGACAGAGAGCGUCUGCUCGCCGACCUUAAAAAGAACGAAGAGGAGCAGCCGGGCAGUCAGCCUGCCCUCAAGCUGGCUCACCAGACUAUUAAAGAUCUCCAAAGUCGACUUGACAAGAAGGAAGAUAUGCUGAAGAAAUACCAGAACCAACUGACUCAGGCCAGACAGGAUCAAGAGGAGAUGAUAAAAAGACAUCAGGAGCAGUUGAGAAUAUUACACCGGAAGCUGGAUCUGAACAUAGACACUUCUCUGGAUCAGUUCAAACAGACGGCCAUGGAAUUAAUGAAGAAGCCCACAAUCAGAGUCCCAACAUCUAAACACCUGGAGCAGCUUGCUGAGUUAGAACAGACUGUGGCGGAGCAGGAUGCAUCGCUCAGCUCUGUCACUGAGAAGUUAAGGCUGACCAAAGAGGAGCUGGAGCAGCAAAGGAUCACCAUGGAAACACAGGCUAAGAAACAUACUCAGGAUAUAGCAAGGCUGGAGGAAAAAUAUGUUGCUCAGCUGAAGACUCUGACCAGUGAGACAGAGGAUAAGAGCAGUCAGCUGGCCCAGAUGGAGAAGGAGAUGAAUUACCUUCGUACAGAGCUGGAGGCUCAGAAGGAGGCCAACAUCCGUUCCCCGACCAACACUAUGAAAAACCUGGUGGAGCGACUCAAAGCACAACUUACUCAGAAGGAGAAACAGCUCAAGGGUCUCAGUAAAGCUCUACUGGAGCUGCGGGCGGAGAUGACGUCUGCCGCAGAGCAGCAAGUCAUUGCCAGUGCUGCACAGAGAGAGGAGAGCCUUAAUGUACAGAUGCUGGUUGACAAACACACCAAAGAUCUGAAGGCACGGCUACAGGAAGUGUCUGAAGAACUUCAAGCUGCAAAGGAGUCAGCCAGAGCAGCCAGGAGCAGAGAGAAUACUCUGAAAGAGGAGGUUGAAGUCCUGAACCAAGAUUUCCAAAAGUAUCAAAGAACUCUGAAACGUCUCCAGGCUGAAAAGGAGGAACGAGAGCAAGAAGUUGAAGAGCUCAAGCAGCAAGUGAAGAGGCUCACAAGCACCAUGCAGAAUCAAUCUGAAGCUGGUAAAGGACCCAUGAUAGAGAAUCUGCAGAAGAAGAUCAAAAGGCUGGAGUCUGACCUGGAGAAAAGAAACCAAGUGCCAACCAACAAAGAUGAUCAGGGGAAGACUAAAGAGGAAAUUGUGAGGUGGGAGGAGAGCAAAAAAUGGCAGGCUAAGAUGGAAAAGGUGAAGAUUUCCUUGAAAGAGAAGGAACGAGAUAAUGAAUCCUUGUCGAAGCAGCUCAGCACUCUUAAAGAUCUUUAUGCCAGACUUGACCAGGAGAAGGCUGCUUUGCAGAAAAAACUGAAAGCUCGAGGUGUGACUGCUGACCUGGUGGUGGGGGUGCGAGCCAAUGAGAUGGAGAGAGAGAUAGAGGAGUUAAAGAAGAAGAAUGCAGAGCUGGAGACGCAAAUUGUUACCAUAAAGCAACAUCAGGCCUUACCUCGUGACGAUGCCAUGGAGAAUCUGAUGUCCAGGAACCAACUUUUGGAAGAGAGGCUCCACUCCUUAGAGGGACAGAUGUCCAAGGAAUCCCCAUCAAGGCCUUCUAGGAGAGACUUUUCCUCCCAGACUUUUAAAGGGAUUUGUUCUGUAACUUUUGAUAUUGAGGAUGGGAUGUGCGUCGAGAACACUAAAGCCCCACUUUCCGAGAGCUGCGGCCGUUCAAUCCACCCUGAGCCUGCUGGAGACACCCUUGACCAACAGGGGGAGCCGGUGCAAGCCCAAGCUGACGAGUCUCAAAGCUGCUGUUCUGGAGAAGAAAAUGCUCGCACUGAGCCAAAGCUAUUAAGCGUUGAUGGAAAAAAUGCAGAUGAUGAAACAGACUUAGAUACUGCUGUAGGUCACAUUGGAGAUAAUGAAAGAAUAAUGCUGGCAAAUACUGAAGAAAAUCAACAAAGCAUCCAAGAUGGCUCUGAAGUUACUUUGCCUGUAGAAAAGGAAGAACCUAACAGGGCUGACGCUGAUCCUGAUGAUCAGUCAGAGAGGACGGCAUCUAUCACGUCUCUGUCGUCUGUGAGACAGGCGGCAGCUGGUGGUGGGAUGAGCGAUAGCGAGAAGGCGAGGGGUGUUUGUGACCAACACUGUAAAGAUAUUGAUUAUGAUCAUCUCAGCAUCCCUGAAGAGUUGCAUCAAAAGACUGAGGGAGAGGAGGAAGUGAAAGAUGAGGAAGAUGUGGCAACAACAAAGGCAGCAUAUGAAGAUCAUAAAGAGCAUUUCUUCUCUGCUGAUCCUGCUGUUGAUUCCCUUAUCACACUGAGACAGUGCCCAGAGAGAUUGUCCAGUAUAAACCGGGGCAAACAAACACAAAAGCAGGAAGCUCUGACUUAUAAAAAGACUUCUGGACGAGGUACCGGAACUCCAUCGCAGAGAGACCAGGACCUUUCAAAAGAAAACCUUAAGUUGGCGUCAGAGAACUUGGAGCUGCGCCUUCAGCUGGAACAGGCCAGCAAAGACCUUCCAAGGCUGAAGAAUCAGGUUGCAGACCUAAAGGAAAUGUGCACGGCACUGAAACAGGAAAAAGCAGAGGUAGAUAAAAAACUGGCACAUAUACGAGGGACUGGUUAUAGUGGGAAAACAGUCCCUGAGCUGGAGAAGACCAUUGGGCUGAUGAAAAAGGUGGUGGAGAGAGUCCAGAGAGAAAACGAGGCACUGAAGAAAUCUAGCGUGCAUCCAAAUCAAAGCAGAGUCGUAGCCCUGGAGAAGGAAAAUGAAAAACUGAAGGCUGACUACGAGAAGCUCAAGCAUCAAAGUGAAGCUGAGCUUGGUGCAAAACUGGAAGCUAAAACGAAAGGACUGGAGAAGAUAGCGAUGGAAAACGAGCGUCUUCGCAAGGAGAUUAAGAGGGAAAUGGAGGCAGCAGAGAGGCUGAGGGUGACCAAGACGAGUCUGGAGCUAACCAAUGAAAAGCUGGAAUCAGAGCUGGAAGAAACCAAACAAAGACUGCAUGCAGCUUUGUCCAAAGCUGUAGCUGUGGGAUCAGACACCAAAGCUACGAAGGCCACCGUUAUAACCAGGAUGUUCGAGAACAAGAUGAAGGAGUUGGAGAAGGAGCUCUCCCAGAAGACCUCCAGCGUGUCUGAACUCAAACGGCAGCUCAAAGAGGCGAAGGAACGGGAGGAAAGGGCUCAGAUGAGGGUGCUACACCUGGAAGAUCAGGUCGACAUGUUACAGAAGUUUCCCGCAGCUGACGUGGGACCCUCUAAGGAGCUCCAAGCUGUCCGACUGGGAAAUGCCAAGCUAAAACAGAAGCUGAAUGAAGAUGCUGCACAGGACAGUGAAGCUUGUCCAGAACCCGGUUCUGGGAACCUGAAAAGGCUACUUCAAGCCGCUGAAAGCGAGAAAUCUCAACUUCAAGCCGAGCUGAGAAGGCUACGGAAAGAGCUCAAGAACUUCGACCCAAACUUUUUUGAGGAGCUGGAGGACUUGAAGUACAACUACAACUUAGAGCUGAAAAAGAAUGUUCUGCUGGAGGAGCAGCUGAAGAAGGUGUGCGAUCGGUUUGGGGUGGAGGCUGAAAUGCCCAGCGUUUCCAUCAGUUAACUCAGGGUCUUUGUGCCUUUUUGUUAUGUUUAUGUGAUGCAAUCAGGCAGGUAUGACCUAAUACAAUUCAGGUCUGCAUUUCUAGAUCACUUAGUAUAUAUUAUUAGCAAAACAGCACUUUUUCUAUUUUUACAGUUUUUUUCAAACAUCGUUCAUUUUUAUAAAGUUGUAGUUUUGUUGAUGUUGAUCUGUGAG